AUGGCAGAACUAUUGCGAAGGCACCUGUUUGCGAUCUUCGAAGAUGACCACCCUGGACCACGAGCACAUCAGCACAACACUGUACCUGGUAGAGCAAUAUACAGCUCCUUGGCAUUUCUUCCGUUGAUCCUUACCUGCUAUCUAUUUUGGCGUCGGGUCAAAGAAGUCCGCUGGCACACAAUCCGACACAUCUCGUGGAUACGUUCGCUCGUCUAUGCUAGUUACAUCGUUUCCAUCGCUUUCUUCAUAACAUCUAUAGCCAUCUCUGGAGUCGGCAUCCAGACAAGCGGCUUUUGUCGAACGGCAAUCUACUUCUGUAUCGGCUUUCUCUUCACCGGUAGACUCACAACUCAACUCUUCCUCAUCGAACGAGCACACAUCGCAAACUUGGACUACCUUCGGCGUCGGGACGACCCCAUGUGGAUUCUGUCUACGGCCUGUGUGGGUGUCUUUGCUACCUUCCUACUCGUCUGGGCCUUUUUGAACCCAGUCGCAUAUAUUGCCAACAACGAUGGCAGAUGUCGUAAAGGCAUUCCUCCAGCUGUUGUCGCGCCUCUUGAGAUCUACGAGGCUGUGACGUAUGCUGUCCUCACUGGAGUCUUUAUCGUAAUGCUUCGACGGACCAGACGUACAGAGCUGUUCCCAUCGGUCCCUGAGCGCUUUGUAACAUUUGGCAAGACUUUGAAUCGUCUGAGCCAUAUUGGCAGACCUAGCAGUGUAAAGAAGGGUGUUGAUGCCCAUGCUGUAGAGGUCGAUUCUAAUUUAAGCGGUAUCGUUCUACCUGCUUCCACAAGACCUUGCAAGCUUCGUGGUCUGGCAUGCAAGUCUUUGAUUGGCACUAUUCUCAUCCUCGGCUGGGGUGUCAUCAACUCCACAAUCUUCUACGUUACAGGUGGCAGAGAGCGAGUAUGGCUCUGUUUUACACAGUGCAACAUGGAUAUCUUCCUAUCAGUCUGUGUACUCCACUGGCUAACAGCAAACCCCAAAGAACUCGAGCGCAGUAUGCGAGGUACAAGGCCCUCAAUAACCGAACUUCCCGUCUUCCUUCGAGGAGACUCUAUAGCAGAGCCCGAGCCUGCUAAACUUCCAAUUUCAUCUUUUUCGUCGGUGGUUUAG